AAACAACAUAUUAUACUGAAACAGUUAAUCAAACAUUAAAUAAAUCAAGUAAAUCAGUAAUGGCUAGUAUUUUUGCUAUAAGAAAUCAAAUAAUUCCUACUCCUGUAUAUGAUGAAUUUACUCGCUAUUUAAAUGAAAAUCCAUUGGAAUCUGUAGACUUAUUAGUGAAUCAAAUGAAUGAAGAGUAUUCGAAAUGGAAAGCUAUUUACGAGCUUAAAUUAUUUACUUAA